CGGGGCGGAGCUACACCCAGUCUCUGCUGCUCUGUUGGGGAGGGGAGAAGAAAAGUAAGCCAUCGGAUCCAGGCCAGGGUGACCACCUUCAUCGCAGUGGAGUAGUUUAGAUGUUUAUCUGUCCUAUAUGAGAAGGAAAAAUGAGACUCAGGUCUCAAAAAACCCUGACCCCUUGUUCCGAGACGCCGAGGACCAUUCGCCGACGGCCCAACAAAGACACACCGAAACGAACGCGCCUGUCGGAGUCGAUGCCCGAAAGUCCGCCUCCAACCAAGAUUGAAGAGACUGUGGAUAAUGACUCAGAAGAUGAAAUUCCCACAAUGACGAGGCGACCACCACCACGUGGCUGGGCGAGGAAGAGGUCUUUCCCUGUUGAGGACCAAGAAACAGAUCUGGCCUUUAAAACUCCAGUCAGGCCCAUCAUGCACCAUGAUCGCAUACUGUCAGAGAUUGACCCAGUGUCUCCUCACAACGCCACAGCCAGAAACAUCUACUCACCCAUCGUGCGUUUCCUCACACCCAGCAAAGAGAAUUUAAAGUGUCCAGGAACUGAGAGCAGUGUAUUAAUGAGCCCAGAACAAGGUGUGUUUGGUUAUGGCUCCAUUGACCUUCUGGCUGGAGACGAGGACGACGAUGUCUUCAAUCCGUUUACCUUCAUCAAGAACAUACCGUCACAGUCUCAACAUUCCCGACCCCGCCUCAGAGAUAUUCCGCCCAAGACCAGGAGCACUCCCGAGGCCACACUGGUGGUUGAUCUGGAGGAGACCCUGAUGUUCAGCUCUCUAAACGUUAUUGACGAGGCAGAGUACACCUUCCACACGGCUUUCCAGGACCAUCAGUACAAGGUAUACAUGAUCCUACGACCACAUGUGAAGGAGUUUCUGCAGGCCAUGGCAAAAAACUAUGAGCUGUUUGUUUAUACGUGUGCGAAGAAGGAAUACGCUGAGAAGAUACUGGACGUCCUGGACCCACAGAAAAAACUGUUUCGACAUCGACUGUAUCAGGACGAUUGUGCCUGCAUACUCGGCCACUACAUCAAAGAUCUCAGCAUCCUCGGGAGGGAUCUCAGCAAGACGGUGGUUCUGGACAACGCACCCCACACAUAUCCGUACCAUCUGAUGAACACUCUUCCCAUUAAGAGCUGGUCUGGGCAGACGGGCGACAGAGAACUGCAGAAGCUCAUCCCCUACAUGGAGAAACUGUCUGCAGCUGAGGAUUUUCAGGAGGUGCUGAAGAAGAGGAAGGAUCACUUCCACAGGCUGCUGUCGGAGGACUGACAGGACUCUGCAACUCCCCUGAUUUCAACUACUUUUCGUGACUUUCACACAUCUCCUUUGCUUUCUUUUUGCUUUGGCUAAAAAGCAGAAUCCAGCUGGAAGUGUCUAACCUGCAGCCGGUUGGUUUGUGGUGGAUCUGAUCGCCCUCCUCUGUCACUGACGACUUUAAAGGACGGCCGAUCAGUAUUUCAAACAUGCUGCUGGUCAUUCAGCACCAGAACUCCUCCUUUCUCUGAGACCAUUCCACAGAAAAUGAACCAGUGUGUAUAUAUUAACAGCUUCAAACUUGAAACAUGUUGUUUAUAGUCAUAAUUUUUUAUUUAUUAUGUUGCUAAUCAAUGGCUGUUAUCUCUGUAUAUUUUAGAAAUGCUUUUAUAUGCGGUGAAAUUUCCCUGUUAAUAAAUGAUUAAAAUAAGUCA